AUGUGCAGAACUGACGGUGUCACUGAAGGCAACGCCGAACCCUAGUAGCUUAGUAAUAUCAAGACCUCCGCUAACGUGGGAGGAGUCGAGGAUCGGUACCAUCAGUGAUCACCAUGCGCGCCUUUUACUUCGAUAACAUUCCAGGCGAUCAGCGGCUGCUGCACGAUUCCGGGAACCUUGUAUCGGAUGAUCUCCUGAAAUCUAUCGGACUACUCCACUGGCACAUCCCAACGAGCCAGCAGAAUCAGAUCGAUACUAUUGCAGAGGAAAGAAACUACAAGAACAGAGACACUAUUACGAUCACCAAGGAGGGCCUUGGAGCUUUGUAUGAAGCCAAGUUAAAGAGCUUUUAUGAAGAGCAUAUGCAUGAAGACGAGGAGAUCAGAUAUAUUCUCGAGGGCAGCGGCUUUUUCGAUGUUCGAGAACAUCCCACGGAUUCGUGGAUUCGUUGUCAGCUAGACGCGGGUGAUCUCUUGGUUCUCCCUGCUGGCAUCUACCAUCGAUUCACUCUUGACGAGAAUAACAUGAUCAAAGCUUUACGUCUCUUCAAGGAUGAGCCCAAGUGGACUCCUAUCAACCGCGGCGACUUGACAGAUGUGAACCCUUACCGCGUCGAUUAUUUGAAGAGUAUAGCUGUUAACUGAUUGAAGCGGUAAGAAGGAUAGUGUGUUCCGUGGAAUAUUUCCCAUGAGAAGGGGUAUACCAGUGCGCCCAUAUAAUGGAGAAUCGUGUAACGAUACGAGUGGAAGUGUAAUCGGCAUUUGGUGACAAUGAGAUCUGGAUCUGAUGGCGCAUGGCUGAUAAUUCUCGUCGUUUGCCGAAUGACUGAGUUUGUACUGGGACUAUAUCUACGAG